GGGGAGGGGGAGAUGGAGGUGGUUCUGGAGCUGCGAGGGAAUGGUGUUGGGGAGGUUCUAAUAUAGGGAUUGAGUUUCCGACCCCUAAGGAGAUUUGCAGAGGCUUAGAUAAGUUUGUGAUUGGCCAAGAGCGGGCUAAGAAGGUACUCUCUGUUGCAGUCUACAAUCAUUACAAGAGGAUCUAUUAUGAUAACUUGUCAAACUGGUCUGCAUCAGAUUCAAUUUCUGGUGGAUCUACUAUUAAUGAUAAUGAUACAGUGGAACUGGAGAAAAGCAACAUUCUUUUGAUGGGUCCAACGGGCUCAGGGAAAACACUACUAGCGAAAACAUUGGCACGAUUUGUGAAUGUACCUUUUGUCAUUGCUGAUGCCACAACCCUCACUCAGGCAGGAUAUGUUGGCGAAGAUGUGGAGUCCAUACUAUACAAGCUUCUUAUGGCUGCCGACUUUAAUGUGGCUGCUGCCCAACAAGGAAUUGUUUAUAUUGAUGAAGUUGAUAAGAUCACUAAAAAGGCUGAGAGUCUAAAUAUUAGCAGAGAUGUAUCUGGGGAAGGUGUCCAACAGGCAUUGCUGAAAAUGCUUGAAGGAACAGUUGUUAAUGUACCAGAGAAAGGAGCAAGAAAGCAUCCACGUGGUGAAAAUAUCCAGAUUGAUACAAAAGAUAUUCUCUUCAUCUGUGGAGGUGCAUUUAUUGACUUGGAGAAGACUAUAUCUGAGAGGCGUCAGGAUUCUUCUAUUGGUUUUGGAGCACCUGUUCGUGCAAACAUGCGGUCCGGUGGUUUGACAAAUGCUGCCAUCACUUCGUCUUUGUUGGACUGCGUUGAAAGUGGAGACCUCAUUGCAUAUGGUUUGAUACCGGAAUUUGUUGGGAGGUUCCCCGUACUUGUUUGCUUGUCUGCUCUCAAUGAAGAUCAGCUUCUUCAAGUUCUUACUGAGCCUAAAAAUGCCCUUGGGAAACAGUACAAGAAGUUGUUCAAAAUGAACGAUGUCAAAUUACAUUUUACUGAAAAAGCUCUGCGGCAAAUUGCAAAAAAAGCAAUUGCCAAAAAUACAGGGGCUCGGGGUUUGAGAUCAAUAUUAGAAAGUAUUUUGACAGAAGCAAUGUAUGAGAUUCCUGAUGCAAGAGCAGGGAAAGAGCAAAUAGAUGCUGUUGUUGUUGAUGAGGAAUCUGUUGGAUCUUCAAACUCGCAUGGAUGUGGAGCUAAGAUUUUAUAUGGUGAAGCAGCACUUGAGCGCUUCCUUUCUCAACAAAAUAACAAACAACCUGUGAGAACACUCGAGCAGAUUGAAUCUGAGGUGGAACCACCAGAGCUUGCUUCUAGAGCUGCCAGCAUGUAAUCCUUUGAUCAAGUAAUUUAUUCUGUACAUGACUGCUUUCUUUUUGUUCUUGCUUUAAUAAAGUUCCAUUCUGUAGUCCAAGGUGUAAAAUUCUUCCAUUAGGCUACUAGAUUCUCAUUACCAAAAAUAUUGUCGAACAAAUUGAUUUGGUAAGUGAUUUUUCUUUUAAUUUUUUUCUUUAUGAUUAGAGCAUGUCAAUGUAAUUUUCUCACAAUGAUCUUAUCAAUUGCUGGCAUUUCAUCGGUUCUCACUCCUA